CUCUCUGCCUUCGUCUAUUCCUCUGCCCAACAUGAAAAAAUAUGCCCUGGUACUCGUGGUGGCGUCCGCUCUGACUGCCGCAGCAAUCUGUGCUCCCAUGGGUUCCUCUUACGGUGGAAGCUACGGUAGCGGUUAUGGUGGCGGAUACGGAAGCGGACAGUACGGUAGUUAUGGCGGCAGCGGACAAUAUGGUAGCCAUGGCGGCAGCGGCUAUGGUGGCGGCUACGGUGGCGGCUACGGUGGCGGCUACGGUGGGGGCUACGGUGGGGGCCACGAGAGCGGCUCCGGGCAUCAAUGCGAGCACAGUUCACAGAUGAGCAUGGGGCACAGCCCAUAUGAAACACCUGGCUAUGGGAGCUAUGGGAGCUCCUCGCAUGGAAGUCACUAUGCGCCUUCGUACGGCGGUGGCUACGACUCCUACUAG